AUGGAAGCAGUUAAGGACAUCACAGAGACGGUGGCUGUCGACCUGGGGGACCUGCUGGACGCCGGGGACGACGCCAUGGUGAUACUCGAGGCAGGUGACACUCGGCUGGUGGUGCACAGGGCCGUCCUGGCGGACAGGAGCCCCGUGUUCGCGGCCAUGUUCGCCCACGACACCCUCGAGGCCUGCACUGGCGUGGUGAGGAUUGCCGACAUCGGUGGCCCGGUGCUGAGGGAGCUGGUCUCCUACCUGUACACCCUGCGGGCCCCCCAGCUGUCCGGCACGGCCCCCCAGCUACUGGCCGCAGCGGAUAAGUACGGGGCGUCGGGGCUGAAGGCGGAGUGCGAGCGGCAGGUGGCCGCUCAGCUCACCGUGGAGACCGCGGCGGCCGCAGCCACCCUCGCAGUCCGCCACUCCUGCAGUGACCUCAGGCGAGCCGCCAUCGAAUUUAUUAAGGCACGUACCCACGAGGUGAUGGCCACUCACGGGUGGGCAGAUGCGAUGCGGAAGCAGCCGGAAGACUUGAUCGAAGUGAGCCGGUUGCUGUACGAUCCACCACCUCAAACCAGGUUAGUGUGA